AUGGCUUUCUUGCUCAAGAGCAUGAUCGGGAACCCCCUGUCAGGAAUGGGUCUUGGUGGUGGAGGUGACAAAGAAGAGGAGGCCACCCCCUCAGAUCCAGCCAAAGCAGCAGGGAUGACACGCGAGGAGUAUGAAGAGUACCAAAAACAGUUGGUGGAGGAGAAGAUGGAGAGAGAUGCAGAUUUCUUACACAAGAAGGCCGAGAGGGCGACACUCAGGGUGUGCCUCAGAGAAAAAUACAGGCUGCCAAAGAGCGAGCAGGACGAGAACAUGAUCGAGAUGGCCGGGGACGACGUGGACGUGCCCGAGGAGCUGCUCAAGAUGGUGGAUGAGGACGCCACGGAGGAGGAGGGCAAGGACUCCCUCAUGGGCCAGAUACAGAACUUGCAGAACAUGGACAUGGACCAGCUGAAGGAGAAGGCCUCGGCCACCGUCACCGAGCUGAAGAGCAAAGCAGAGGAGAAGUGCUCUGUGAUGUGA